UACUCCAUACAGCUGUCUGACUUCCUCACUCUCACUCUCAGUUACCCCACCCCUCCACCGUCCCCUCUACCUUUCUCGUUCCACCCUCCCUUGGCACUUGCCACACUCUAGACUUCUUUCCUCUUUACCCCCCCCCCCCCUUCUAAACCGCACCCCCCCCUUUCCCUCCGUAUCUUUCUCUCUUCCCUCUCCCUCUCUCCACCCCUUCCCAUUCCCUUCGGAAAGAAGAAAAGAAACCCAAACUCCUCACUCCACAACCCCUCCUUUCUUUCUCCUAUCCCCUCCCCACAACUCUCGCCCUUUCCUCCCCUCCCCCCCCUGCUAUUUAUUUAUUGGGGGAGGGGGGGUGUUGCCGUUGAUUGAAAGGGUAUUGAUUUGUAUGUAUUUCUCCCAGCGCUGGUGGCCGCCGCCGCCCCUGACACCACCACCACUGCUGCUGCUGCCGCCGCCACCGCCGAUACCGCUGCUGCCGCCGCCGCUGCUGCCGCCACUUCAGUUGCUACAGUAUUUCCCUUAGUGUUGUUCAGCUCCACCAAACAUGUCGGCUCCUGUCGGGCCCCGGGGCGGCCCUGCUCCUCCUCCUCCUCAGCCGCCUAUGCAGCCCGAGAUGCCCGACCUUAGCCACCUCACAGAGGAAGAGAGGAAAAUUAUUCUAGCAGUCAUGGACAGGCAGAAGAAAGAAGAGGAAAAGGAGCAAUCGGUGCUCAAGGCCAAAGAAGAACCCAAACCCCAGGCGACACAGUGGUUUCCCUUUAGUGGGAUCACUGAGCUGGUAAAUAACGUUCUUCAACCACAGCACAAACAGCAAAAUGAAAAGGAGCCCCAGACGAAGUUGCACCAGCAGUUUGAAAUGUACAAGGAGCAAGUCAAGAAGAUGGGGGAAGAAUCUCAGCAGCAGCAGGAGCAGAAGGGUGAUGCUCCCACUUGUGGCAUCUGCCACAAAACAAAAUUUGCUGAUGGAUGUGGCCAUAACUGUUCGUAUUGCCAAACGAAAUUCUGCGCGCGCUGUGGAGGGCGAGUGUCUUUGCGCUCAAACAAGGAGGACAAAGUGGUUAUGUGGGUAUGUAAUUUGUGCCGAAAACAACAAGAAAUCCUCACUAAAUCAGGAGCUUGGUUCUAUAAUAGUGGUUCUAAUACACCCCAGCAUCCUGACCAACAGGCUCUCCGAGGGAUGCGGAAUGAAGAGGCUCCUCAGGAGAAGAAAGCAAAGCUCCAUGAGCAGGCUCAGUACCAGGGAACUCCAGGGGACCUGCCUGCCCCCUCUAUAGAGAAAAGCCGACCUCAUGGGCUUACAAGGCAGGACUCAAUAAAAAAUGGGUCAGGAAUGAAGCAUCCCAUUACAAGUGACACCACUUCAGACAGGAAAAGGAGCCCAUCAAUAUCCAGAGAACAGAAUAGAAGAUACGAUCAACAGGAAGAGAGAGACGAAUAUUCCCAGUAUGCUACAUCAGACAGUGCAAUGCCUAGAUCUCCUUCAGAUUAUGCAGAAAGGAGAUCUCAUCAUGGACCUCAAUUAUUUGAAGAACCUGAGCAUAUAGAUUAUAGGGACUCCAAUAGGAGAAGUCGCAGACGUUCCAAAGAGUAUAUAGAUGAUGAGGAUGUAGAAAAUAGGGAUGAAUAUGAAAGACAAAGGAGGGAGGAGGAAUACCAAGCACGUUACCGAAGUGACCCUAAUUUGGCUCGUUACCCAGUAAAGCCACAGCCUUAUGAAGAACAAAUGCGUAUUCAUGCUGAAGUGUCCCGAGCACGACAUGAACGAAGACAUAGUGAUGUUUCACUGGCCAACACAGAGCUUGAGGAUUCUAGGAUUCCUAUGCUGAGAAUGGAAAGGCAGUCAAGGCAAAGGUCUACUUCAGAGCGCAGGGCAGCCAUGGAAAACCAGCGCUCUUAUUCAAUGGAAAGAACUCGAGAAGCUCAGGGACCUAGUCCUAAUCGUCAGAGGACCACAAAUCAUAGCCCUCCUACCCCUCGGAGGAGUCCAAUUCCUAUUGAUAGACCUGACAUGAGGCGCACUGACUCAUUAAGGAAACCCCACCACUUAGAUCCCAGUUCUGCUGUCAGGAAAACAAAGCGUGAAAAAAUGGAAACCAUGUUAAGGAAUGAUUCCCUUAGCUCAGAUCAAUCUGAGUCAGUAAGACCUCCACCACCAAAGCCUCAUAAAACAAAGAAAGGAGGUAAAAUGAGGCAGGUUUCCUUGAGUAGCUCAGAAGAGGAAUUAGCUUCCACCCCAGAAUAUACAAGUUGUGAUGAUGUUGAGAUUGAGAGUGAGAGCGUAAGUGAAAAAGGGGACAGUCAAAAGGGAAAAAGAAAAAAUAGUGAGCAGGCAGUUUUGUCGGACUCUAACACCAGGUCUGAGAGACAAAAGAAAAUGGUGUCCUUUGGUGGCCACUCUUUGGAAGAGGACUUGGAAUGGUCUGAGCCUCAGAUUAAGGACUCUGGGGUAGAUACGUGUAGUAGCACGACUCUAAACGAGGAGCAUAGCCAUAGCGAUAAGCACCCUGUAACUUGGCAGCCAUCCAAAGAUGGAGACCGUUUGAUUGGUUGUAUUUUAUUAAACAAGCGCCUAAAAGAUGGAAGUGUCCCCAGAGAUUCAGGAGCAAUGCUUGGAUUGAAGGUUGUAGGAGGAAAGAUGACUGAAUCAGGCCGACUCUGUGCAUUUAUCACCAAGGUUAAAAAGGGAAGUUUAGCUGAUACUGUGGGGCAUCUUAGACCAGGUGAUGAAGUAUUAGAAUGGAAUGGAAGGCUACUACAGGGAGCUACAUUUGAGGAAGUUUACAAUAUUAUUCUAGAAUCUAAACCAGAGCCACAAGUGGAACUUGUGGUUUCAAGGCCUAUUGGAGAUAUCCCCAGAAUCCCUGAUAGUUCACAUGCACAACUGGAGUCCAGCUCCAGCUCAUUUGAAUCACAAAAAAUGGAUCGUCCUUCCAUUUCUGUUACUUCUCCCAUGAGUCCAGGAAUGUUGAGGGAUGUUCCACAAUUCUUGUCCGGACAACUCUCAAGCCAAAGCCUUAGUAGAAGAACAACGCCUUUUGUUCCUAGGGUUCAGAUAAAACUAUGGUAUGACAAGGUUGGUCAUCAAUUGAUAGUUACAAUUUUGGGAGCAAAGGACCUCCCUUCCAGGGAAGAUGGAAGACCACGGAAUCCUUAUGUUAAAAUUUACUUUCUUCCAGACAGAAGUGAUAAAAACAAAAGAAGAACUAAAACAGUAAAGAAAACAUUAGAACCCAAAUGGAAUCAAACAUUCAUUUACUCUCCAGUUCAUCGGAGAGAAUUUCGAGAACGGAUGUUGGAGAUUACUCUUUGGGACCAAGCUAGAGUUCGAGAAGAAGAAAGUGAAUUUUUAGGAGAGAUUCUAAUUGAAUUAGAGACAGCACUAUUAGAUGAUGAGCCUCAUUGGUAUAAACUGCAGACACAUGAUGUUUCUUCAUUGCCACUUCCACACCCGUCUCCAUAUUUGCCACGCCGACAGCCCCAUGGGGAGAGUCCAACACGAAGGUUGCAAAGGUCUAAGAGAAUAAGUGACAGUGAAGUCUCUGACUAUGACUGUGAUGAUGGAAUUGGUGUAGUGUCAGACUAUCGACACAAUGGAAGAGACCUUCAGAGUUCAACAUUGUCAGUGCCAGAACAAGUGAUGUCAUCAAAUCAUUGCUCACAGUCUGGGUCCCCUCACCGAGUAGAUAGUAUAGGAAGAACUAGGUCAUGGUCACCCAGUGUUCCUCCCCCACAAAGUAGAACUGUGGAACAGGGACUUCGAGGGACACGACCUUCUAGUGGACAUUAUAAUACCAUCAGCCGAAUGGACAGGCAUCGUGUCCUUGAUGACCAUUAUUCUCCAGAGAGAGAUAGUCAUUAUCUCACUCUACCUCGCUCCAGAUACAUUGAUCACCAUCACAGGGAUGUAAGGAGGAAUAGGCAGGAGAGAAGAGAGACUAACACAUAUUUUGAUGACACACCCCACAGUCCUGAAAGGAAUUGUGAAGCAGCAGAUAGACAGCCAUAUCACAGAUCCAGAUCAACAGAACAACGGCCUGUCCUAGAGCGGACCACCUCCCGCUCCAGAUCCACUGAACGUCCUGAUACAAACCUCAUGAGGUCGAUGCCUUCAUUAAUGACUGGAAGAUCUGCCCCUCCUUCACCUGCCUUAUCGAGGUCUCAUCCUCGUACUGGGUCUGUCCAAACAAGCCCAUCAAGUACUCCAGUGGCAGGACGCAGGGGACGACAGCUCCCACAGCUCCCGCCAAAGGGGACUUUGGAGAGAAACAAUGGAGACAAGGAGAUAGAACCUUAUGAAGGUUCUAUGGAUAUAGAGGAGAGAAACCACCAAAUGAAAAUUAACAAAUACAAACAGGUAGCAGGAUCAGACUCCAGAUUGGAACAAGAUUACCAUUCUAAGUAUCGGUCAGGGCGGGAUCUUCAUCGAGGUGCGGACAAUAUUUCCACUAAAUCUUCAGACAGUGAUGUAAGUGAUGUGUCAGCUGUAUCAAGGACUAGCAGUGCAUCUCGUUUCAGCAGUACAAGCUACAUGUCUGUCCAAUCAGAAAGACCAAGAGGAAAUAAGAAAAUCAGAUCAAAUGAAAUAGAGAUGGGUGGGCAAGAAGGGGAUAUGCAUGAGGAGAUAGUUCAUGAGGAAGAGAAACGGGAAGAACAAAAGGAAGAAGAAAUUAAUGAAAAAGGACAAGGGAAAGAACUUAUAAAAAAUUCUAAUAAGGAGAAAAACAGAGAAUCAGGAGAUGAGGAAAAAAUACAAGAUAAAAUUGAGGAAAGGAAAGAAACAGAACAGUGGAUUUCAAAAAAUUUACAGACACAAUUUUCACAAGAUGAUGAAAGUGUCUUUACAUCCAAAAUGCAAAGCAGACAGAUGGGCAUCUCAGGAAAGAAUAUGACUAAAAGCACCAGCAUCAGUGGGGACAUGUGCACAAUAGAGAAGAAUGAUGGCAGCCAAUCUGAUACUGCAGUGGGCACCAUGGGCACCGGUGGCAAAAAGCGGCGCUCCAGCAUUGGGGCAAAAAUGGUAGCUAUUGUGGGUCUCUCACGAAAAAGCCGCAGUACAUCCCAGCUCAGCCAAACUGAAUCUGGAGGCAAAAAACUAAGGAGUACUGUCCAGAGGAGUACAGAAACUGGCCUGGCAGUAGAAAUGAGAAACUGGAUGACUCGACAGGCAAGCCGAGAAUCUACAGAUGGAAGUAUGAACAGCUAUAGCUCUGAAGGAAAUUUGAUUUUCCCUGGUGUUCGAUUGGCCUCAGAUAGCCAGUUCAGUGAUUUUCUGGAUGGCUUGGGUCCAGCUCAGUUAGUUGGGCGUCAGACAUUGGCCACACCAGCCAUGGGUGACAUUCAGGUUGGAAUGAUGGAUAAAAAGGGACAAUUGGAGGUAGAAAUAAUUCGGGCCCGUGGCCUUGUUGUAAAACCAGGUUCAAAGACACUGCCAGCACCAUAUGUAAAGGUGUAUCUCUUAGAUAAUGGAGUCUGCAUAGCCAAAAAGAAAACAAAAGUAGCAAGAAAAACACUGGAACCACUUUACCAACAGCUCUUGUCAUUUGAUGAAAGUCCACAGGGGAAAGUUUUACAGAUCAUCGUUUGGGGAGAUUAUGGACGAAUGGAUCACAAAUCCUUUAUGGGAGUGGCCCAGAUACUUUUAGAUGAACUGGAGUUGUCUAACAUGGUGAUUGGAUGGUUCAAACUGUUCCCCCCUUCUUCCCUAGUAGAUCCAACGUUGGCCCCUCUGACUAGAAGAGCUUCCCAGUCAUCUUUGGAAAGUUCCACGGGACCUUCUUAUGCUCGUUCAUAGCAUCUGUAAAACUGUCAUAGCAACCAGCGUUACAAAAAAAAAAAAUUACAGGUCGCAAACCCUGGUAACACUGCAUGCUUACUGUUGUGUCUUCUGAGCCUGUUUCUAGGGAUACCAAGCGAUCCUGUGUUCUCAGAGGAAGCUGCACACAUUGUGCCCUAAAGAAGGCCCUCAGGUGAAGGAGUGGAGCUAUGAAGAACUAAUGGGUUUGGAGUUCAGUGACACUCAUUUUUUGGUCCAAUCUGAAGCCAUGAAUUAAUAUAAAUCUGUCUCAUGCAACAAACGUCCUUUUCAAUACAUCUUUAUUUUAUUGCUCCUUUUAGAAUAUUUCUGUUCUCCCUUACACGUUUCCCCUGCCACCCCCCCCAAAAAAAAGCCUAGUUAUGCCACAGAAAUGGAGCUAUGUGACCAUGAAGCCAUUACGAGUCUGUGGGGUAUUAGGAAACAUGAGAUGAUGAGCAGGAGACCCAACAUAUGGUCAGAAAAAAAAAAUCAAAGGAACUGAAGAUGGAGGGGAAGAAACUCAGCACACACACCGGCAGCAUCCAAGUUGAGCAGUGGCAGACCUCUAGCUCCACCUGUCAUUUCAGUAAAAGCCAAGAUGUGAUAGACUGAAAACCAAAUUCUGUGGCUAUACUGUACUGUAUGAAAUUAAAGAAACUUUUUUGCAUGGACACAGUUUAGCUGAACAUUUAAAUUAUUUUCUUGGGGCUGCAACUUGCAAAAAAAAGAAUAAAAUCAGCCAUUUUCAACAAUUUAUAUUAUUUUUUAAAAAAUUUCACUAGUGCAUGGUUUUAAAAGGGAGAGAAUGCAACAGGGUGAUACAAAGACACACCACAUUUAUCAUUCUUUAAUCAUGGUCUGUGUUUGGCAGACAUCAAAAAUGAAAAUACUUUCUAGAAAAAUACUGAAAAUUCUUUAUGUGACAAGUGUAAUAUAUUCAAUUUAUUUAAAUGUAAAAGGUAAAAAAAAGCCUUGUAAAGUUCAACAUUAUGUGCAAAUUGUACACAUCUUUCUUCCUCUUCACUAUCUCAUCUUCUGCCUCUUAUGAUUUUCCCCGCUCCUACUUACCAGGAUGAUCACUAUACUCUAAAACUGCUAUUUUUGACUUAAUAUUCUCAUAUGCCCCAUCUUUGGUUAGGAUUGCAGAUUGUUCUGCAUUUCUGAAUUCUUUGAGAAAAAGAAUACUUUUAAGAGCUUUUAUUAUUUCCAGCAUGUUGAAAAAGGAUUUUGCAACAUGGCUUGGGAGUACCUUAAAGUAAGUCAGCAUGUAUUUGAUAAAGAAGAUAUUUGAACUUUUUGCAGUUUAUUGUACAGUGCAUGGUAACUUAUUUUUAUUUUUUUCUCACAUUCAAAUUGAAUUCUACAACAAAAUCCUGGAGUCAUGUGGCCAUUGUGUGAUGUCUUUAAUAAAUCUGUUUUCAGCACCAGUGUCUUUCAUCUAGGGAUUGAAGUAUUAUUUCUAGAAAUUCUUAAUAUUUUUAAGUGAAAAAUUAAUUUAUUUUACUGGUUUAUUCUGAAGAGUCACUCAGUGCUGAAUAAUCCUGACAAACUAAAUGAAAGAUGAGUUAUUUUUUGUUUUAUAAAGUUCAAUUCUUUAUACAGUAUACUCCUAAGAAAAACUUCAUGGUAACACACAACAUGCUAGGGGAAAAAAACAUAUAUUUUUCUAGUGGUUCUGAAGAAAAUUGAGCAUGUUUACUUGUCUAAUGAUGCCAUCACCAAAUUUCUCAAAGCAAAAUCCCAGUUCAUCAAAACCCCUGAUUUUAGUUUAAAACAAUUACUAACAUGGUAGGGAUGAAGAGGGGCAUGCUGCUACAAGUUCAAACUUGUCAUCAGUUCUCCUGUUUAAUGGAAAUAUGACCUAGAAACAUCUAGAAGUCCAUCUAUUCUGGGUCCAUAACAUGCCUGCAGAUAAAUCAAAAUAUCUUUCAAUAAUCUUGGAAAUCUGCAUAGCAUUCAUUUACUUACCUUUAAACUAAGGCCAUGCACAAAGAGUUAUUGGAUUUUUUUGUUUGUUUGUUUGAAAAUCUAAUGCUACCCAUUAAAAAAAAGUCAUGCCUGAUAGGGUGCAGAAGUCACAAAGAGUUUCACUAAAAAUGCCUUCUUUAUGUGGUGCAAUAUGAAAUUCACCAAGACUAUGUCUUGACAUUCUGAGAUGUACAAUGGAUCGAUAUUAAGUUGUUGAAGAAACCAAUUAAACUAUGUAUAUUGAAAUAAUUUAGAUGCCUAUGUACCAGCAACAGUUGAUUAAAGAGACGUGCAGUCUAUACUAUCCCUUAGAAUAAAAAAAAAAAACUGUUACAAUUUUCCUGAUACUGAGAUGCAGUCAAGUAAUCUUUUGUGCAUAUUCCUAUAUAAAUUAUUUCUAAUUUUAAUAAGAAGGUCAUGACCGUAUGGAAUAUUUGUACAUACUUGUCAUUAUGCAGUAUUUAUUUAAAAGUUGAUGUAUUUUUUUUUAAUUUUCAUGUCUGCAACUCUAUAUGGUUUAGUCAUGUAAAUAGCACUAUUCCAGUGACCAUUGCUGUCUUGUACAUAGUAUGUUUUAAACAUAAAGGGAAUCUCAGUUGGAAUAAAAGGGCAGAUUAGGUCUGUACUGAACGCCAACUAAUGUAAAUCAAACUCAUUCUGGUAAUGGUAAUUAACACUUUAAAUAAAACAUUUUCUUUACA